AUGGCGGCUGCUGCUGCUGCUUCUUCUUCUUCUUCUUCUUCUUCUAUCAAUCUUCAAUGGAAGAAGAAUGAUGCUUUCAUAAGUUUUAGAGGUGCAGACAUCCGGGAUGGUUUUCUCAGUCAUCUGUACGAAGCUUUGCGUCGAAAACAAAUCCGUACCUUCAAGGAUGAUAAACUUGAAAGAGGAGAAGAGAUCUCACCAGCCCUCUUGCAAACAAUUGAAAACUCAAAGUUUUCAGAAAACUAUGCCUUUUCUCCAUGGUGUUUGGAUGAGCUUGUGAAGAUUCUUGAAUGCCAGAAAACUACAGGGCAAAUAGUAUUACCAGUUUUUUAUAAAGUAGAUCCCUCAGACGUUCAAGAGUUGACAGGAAGAUUUGGAGAUGCGCUUUCACAGCAUAAAAAAAAAUUCAAACACCGUUUAGAAAAGGUGGAGAGUUGGAGCCUUGCUUUGAAGAGAACGGCCAACAUUUCGGGGUGGGAUUCAAGAAUCAUUAAGCCUGAAACUAAAUUAAUUGAGGAGAUUGUCAAUGAUGUUGGCAAGAAAUUAAAUAACCUGUUUCUAAGUGUUUAUGAUGAAGAAGGCUUUGUUGGAAUUGAUUCUCGUGUCAAGAAAGUUGAAUCAUUGUUAUGUCUUGAAUCAAAAGAUGUGCGUAUGAUAGGAAUUUGGGGAAUGGGUGGUAUAGGAAAGACAACUAUUGCUGACAAAGUAUUUAAUAGAAUUGUGAACAAAUUUGAGAGUCAAUACUUUGCUGCAAAUGUUCGAGAAAAGUUAGAAAAGGGCACUCCAGUUCAUUUGCGAGAUGAAAUCCUUUGCAAAAUACUAGGGGGAGAAGAUUUUCACGUUGGCACACCAUGUACAUUGCAUCCUUUUAUUAAAAAUAGUCUUCAGAAUAGAAGAGUUCUUUUUGUUCUCGAUGAUGUGGAUGGUUACUUGCACCUAGAAGAGUUAGUAGGAGGAUGGAAUUUGUAUGGUCCAGGAAGUAGAAUCAUUAUAACAAGCAGAGAUAAGCAAGUGCUUGAAAUUGUGAAGUGUGAGAAAUAUAUUUAUGAGGUUGAGAAAUUAAAUGAUUGUGAAUCUCUUCAACUCUUUAGCUUGCAUGCCUUCAAACAAACUCAACCCACAAAUGGAUACAUGAGGCAGCUAUCAGAAAGAGUGAUAAGUUAUACUCAAGGAGUUCCAUUAGCCCUUAAGGUUUUAGGUUGCAGCCUUUAUGGUAAAGUUGUGAAAGAAUGGGAAAGUGAGUUGGAAAAACUUGAAACCAUUCCCAAUAAGGAAAUUCAGGGCAUUCUGAGAAGAAGUUAUGAUGGACUAGAUGAUAAUGAAAAGAGUAUAUUUCUGGAUAUUGCAUGUUUUUUUAAAGGGGAAGAUAAAGAUCGUGUAAAAAAUAUAUUAGAUUGCUGUGGUUUUUUUGCUGAAAGUGGAAUACGUAAUCUGCUUGACAAGUCUCUCAUAAAUAUUUUCAAAGAGAAGUUAGAGAUGCAUGACUUGCUAGAACAAAUGGGUAAGGAUAUUGUUUGCAAGGAAAACAAAAAGCCCAGAAAGCACAGCAGGUUGUGGAAUGCCAAGGAUAUAUAUUACGUACUGACAACAGACAAAGAGGCUGAAAGUGUUGAAGCCAUAUCAUUGGACUUGUCCAAAAUUAAAAAUAUGGAACUAUGUCCUUCUGCCUUUGAGAAAUUUUAUAAGCUUAGAUUGCUCAAAUUUUACAAUCCUUGCUUUAAGGAAAUCAAGUUGCAUCUUCCUAAAGGCUUGGAAUUUCUUCCAAAUGAGCUGAGGUUUCUCUACUGGGAUCAAUACCCUUUGAAAUCAUUGCCAUCGAAAUUUUGCCCUGAGAAUCUUGUUGAAUUGCACAUGCAGAGUAGCCAACUCAAACAACUUUGGAACGAAGAUGAUCUGUGUCUUGAAAAGUUGAUAUUUAUGGAUCUCAGCAACUCGGAACAACUGAUCAAAAUUCCAGACCUGUCGAAAUUCCCAAAACUUGAGGUUAUAAUUUUGCGAGGCUGUAUGAGUUUGGUUGAUUUUUCUUCGUCUUCUAAGUAUCACAGCAAGAUUAUAGAUCUAGAUCUUCGACACUGCGAAAAACUCUGUCAUUUUCCAAGCGGCAUUUAUUUGACGAAUCUUGUAAGUCUUUCUUUGAAUGGUUGCUCAGAACUAGCUCAUCUGCCAAGCAGCUUAGGCGAAUUGAGAUGCCUUGAAUAUCUUUAUCUCAAGGGAUGCAAAAAGCUAGCGAGUCUUCCAAACAGCAUAUGCAAUCUGAAAUCUCUAAAAUGUCUAAACAUCAAAUAUUGUGUAAAUCUCCAUGGAUUGCCAGAAAAGUUGGGCGAAUUGGAAUCUCUGGAGAACCUGAAGGCAACUGGAAGUGGGAUAAAAGAACUACCACCUUCUAUCAAUCAGUUGAAGAAAUUGAACUACUUGAACUGUGAUGGAUGUGAAGGUUUGAUAUUGCCUCCUUUCACAGGUUUGGCCUCUCUUCGGGAGCUUUCUCUGCAGCGUUGUUAUAUAUCAGAAAUUCCUAGUAAUCUUGGCUCUUUAGAGUCAUUGGUAUAUUUAUAUUUAAGUGGAAAUAACUUCAGAAGCAUACCUGCAAGCAUCGAGAAAUGUUCUAAGUUGAAUAUACUUGAUUUAAGUGAUUGCAUGAUGCUUCAAUAUUUGCCAGAGCUUCCACCAGGUCUAGCAGAGUUAGAUGCAGAAAACUGCACAUCUGUGGAAUUUGUAUCGAGAUCAUUCAUACAAGGAUAUAUGAAUUCCUGCUUGAGGAUGAAUCUUAGCAAAUGCAUUAAUUUGGAUAAGAGUGUAUGCAGUGAAUUAAUACUGCUGAAACUUCAAAGCAUGGGACAACCAGAGGAACAAUAUCUGAACAAAAAGGCUAAUGCAACGAAUUUUAAUUGGAAGGAUUGGUUAUGCAUCCCAGGAAGUGAAGUGCCGGAAUGGAUGAUGUAUAAAAAUGAUAAUGGAUCUUCAUUGUCAUGCUUUCUCACAGCACCCAGUCCUCAUUCACAUGCUACCCCCUUCGUCAAGAUCCUUUUUUGUGCUCUCUUAGCACCUGAAGCUGCUAAUUAUUCUCGUAAAUUCAUGGGUGUUAUUUCAUGCGAAUGUCGCUUCAUAACUGAGUCUGGAGAUAGCUUCAAAGCAUAUUCCCGUUGCUUUUUGGGCAAAAUACAUCACAUCUCCCUUUGGUAUUCCACUAUUCAUUUUAAUUCCAAGAAAUUCUGUAUCAGGGAGGCCUCAUUUCAAUUCUAUGUUGGUUUGGAAUCUAUGAGAGAUUUCACAUUCGAUGUGGGAGUCCAUAAGUGUGGAGUCCAUCUAAUGUUUGAUGAUAACUUGGAAGAUGAUGAUGAUGAUAGAAAAAGAUGGUCAGCGAUGGUGUUUUAUGAUCGGGCCAUAACGGAGGGAUUGUUCUUUACUCCUUCUGUUGAGUAUGAUCACGAGCAAUAUCCCCUUCAAGGAUUGAAAGAGAAGCAAGAGUUUAAAUGUUUCGAUUUAAAUUUCUCACUAUCUUUUUUGUUCACCUUAGUUAUAUGCUUGGCUACUGCUUCAGAUCAAACAGAAGCCCAACCUACCCAGAUGGUCUUUGCUUUGAUGCUCAUACAUGUGUGCUUGAAGUUGCUUUCCUUCAACUCUUCUCUUUCUCUUCAUGGAAUUUACAACUAAUUACUUGGUGUUGUAGAAAUUUUAUUUUUGUUAAUUAGUGUAAUUAUUUUUAAGGAGAGAAAUGGGAACUCGAAUUUAACAUUUUAUUUAUAAGCUGAGAGAUGUUCAUUUAUAAAUUACAACUUAUUAAGCCAA